AUGACAACAGAAGUCCCAACAACGACAACAGAGGUCCCAACCACGUCCACAGAAGCCUUAACCAGAACAAGUGAUGUCCCAAGCACGACAACAGAGGUUCCAACCACAACAACAGAGGUGCCAACCACAACGACAGAGGUCCCAACCACGACAACAGAGGCCCCAACCACAACAACAGAGGCCUCAACCACAACAACAGAGGCUUCAAGUACUACAACAGCUGCCCCAACCACAACAACAGAGGUCCCAACAACGACAACAGGGGUCCCAACCAGGUCCACAGAAGCCUCAACUACAACAAGUGAUGCUCCAACAACAACAACAGAGGUGCCAACCACAACAACAGAGGCUUCAAGUACUACAACAGCUGCCCCAACCACAACAACUGAGGCUCCAACAGCAACCACAGAGUCUGUAACGACAACGACUGAGGCCCCAACCACGACAACAGAAGUUCCAACCACAACAGAGGUCCCAACCACGACAACAGAGGCCCCAACCACAACAACAGAGGCCUCAACCACAACAACAGAGGCUUCAAGUGCUACAACAGCUGCCCCAACCACAACAACUGAGGCUCCAACAGCAACCACAGAGACCCCAACGACAACAAUUGAGGCUCCAGCCACGACAACAGAGGUCCACAGAAGCCUCAACUACAACAAGUGA